UGGAUUUUUUAGUUGACUGACUUCUAUGUUAAGUAUAAGUUUUGAUAAAUUUUGGUAUUGUGAAGUGUUAUAAGACUUUAGUAGUUAUAGCAUAAUUUUUAUAUACAAAAAUUGUACUGAAUAACCGAUUUUGUGUGACAUUUUUGCCGCUCUGUCUGUUCAUUAGCUUAAUAGGAAAACGAAAUCAAGAUGAUGUAUACGGGCACAACUACCCAACAGGAUACAAGAUUCAGUGACAAGGAGAAGAAGAAACUUAUGAAGCAAAUGAAAUUUGGGGAUUGCUUGAGUCAAAGGGUUGAUAUGAGUAAAGUAAAACUUGAUGUUUUACGUCCCUGGAUAACGCAAAAAAUUACUGAUCUGCUUCACAUUGAAGAUGAUGUUGUUGUGGAGUUUGUGUACAAUCAAUUAGAUGUGCAAUUUCCUUGUCCUAAAAAAAUGCAAAUUAACAUGACGGGUUUCUUAAAUGAAAAAAAUGCUCGACAAUUUAUGGAUGAGUUGUGGGCCCUAUUACUUUCUGCUCAAGACACGGAAUCUGGGAUUCCAGUAGAAUUUUUAGAUCAAAAAAAGGAAGAAAUUAAGAAAAGAAUGAGGCGCACUCCUACUGAUGAAAGACGUGAUUCUACAGAAUCCGAAAAGGAAUUUAGACGAAAAUAUCAAUCAGUUAAACACCGAUUGGUGCACAGACGUUCAUGCAUGGAAAUGUACAAGAAACCACGAGAUGGACAAUUCGCUUACAUAAAUUUUCAGUCUAAAUGA